UGUUUUCGUUUGAUGAUUUCGUUUCGUUCCGGUUUUGCGAUUUGCGUUGCAUGCGAUUGAUGUCUGCCCAAAAGUUAUGAAGUAUCUCCUUUCCUAUACAUAUACCUGUAGUCAACACCACGAUACGAUAGACUAGAUAAAUCUUUGUAUGAUGAACUUGAUGAAUCUGUUCUGUGUUAUGUAUGGAUUGUAUUUGUGUUUUGCGUUGUGUGUUUUAUGUUUUAUGUUCUAUGUUUUGUGUGUAUGUGUGUUGUGUGGUUUACUUAUGGCGUGUGUCUUUAUUUCUUUUGGGCUGGCGUGUUUUCUUUCUUUUUACUAUUUUAUCUCUUUCUCUGGUGUUUCUGGGUACAACAUGGAUUGGAUUUGGCGUCGUGGAUUUGGAUGGACUUGGAUUGAAAGCUAUAUACCCUGGGAUGAUUCUAUAUGCAACAAUCUUUUCAAUAUAAUCAGUUUUAAAGAUAUCUCUUUCGUCAACUAUUACUACUUUCUAUGUCGAGUAUCAGCACUCGUACAAUUCUCCAUUUAACAAUGUGACGGUUAGCAGGCGGCCAAAAAGAGCUAC